UGAUGCGUUUCCAUGGUGCUCUGCUACCCAGCUUUGUGGUGGAUGUAGCUCUCCUGACUGUCUCUUUUAUUUUGAGCAACCUUGCAACAAAGAAACCUGUUGAAUCUUUCAUCACGACACAGUCCACACACUGCAAGCCAUUUAUUGUUGUUCCAUUUGUUUCCCUUUUGAGAAAAAUCAUUCCACAUGUAUACACUCCUUUAGCAGAGGCUGAUAAUUUCAAGGUAUUGGAUGACCAGGGUAUAAACUUUGCUGCAUUACCAAUUUUAUUCUUUAUCUUUGGUUAUGUGAUCUUGACCAUCUUGACUGAACUUAUGGAACUGGAUGUUCUUUUCUUUGGAAAACUUCUCUCUCUCUUCAAAGGAACCAGUAUGAAUGUAGACAGCACCCCUUAUACCGGUAGCCUGGGGUACUCUCUGUUCCUCUAUGCAAUCUUAGGAGGUCUCAUGGCUGUCUGUGUAGGCUCCUGUGGGGCUGUGGUGCUCCUGCUUUUGGUCUUGCUGUAUUUACUCAAGGUCAUCGCACUUCAGGCGAGGGUGAAUGUGUUGAAAGGAUGCCUCAAUCUGCCUAAGGAUGCCAAUGUGAAGGAUGAAGAUGGGAAGGAGAAAGAGAGUGGUACCAAAUCUCAGGAAGACAAGUCAGCAGCCAGUACCACAGACACGUCUACGCCUUCACCAUUAGAUGUGGCCCAAACCACUCUUUAUUUUCAUUUUGCUGUCAUGAUCCUCACCCUUCUCUUGGCUCUCCUCAAUCUGCCGUCCCUCGCUUUCUGGGUAAAGAACAUGAAGCAUGAGAUAUACAAUCUUGAAAGAGAUCCAGCCCUCUACCCCACUCUCGUAGUCAUAGCAGCUUUGACUGUACUACUAGAUCCAGCAUACACCAUCCCGAAGAAUGGUCUCUUCACCCGUGCUUUCUCUUGGGUCGUGUAUGCCUUCACGUUGAUAACCCUACUGUAUGCAUCUGAUGCCAUGUAUCGCCUCUCAUAUCUACUAGCAUCGACUAUCUUCCUGAUUGCUAUCAAUCAAGCAAUGUUAUGAUGAUGGGAGGUUCUAGAGAGGGGAUGGGGAGAGGAGGGAGGGAGGAAGGGUGGGAGGGAGGGUGGGGGCAGAAGGAGGGAAGGGGAGUAAAUGAGAGUAAGAGAAAAAGGGGAGAGAAAGAAAGAGCAGGAGAGGGAGACUGAUGAGGAAGGAUCGUGACUGGAGAUUGAUGGGAAAAGAGAGAGGGGGAUGGGGGGGGGGGUGAUAAAAAUAUCUUUUCAUUGAAAUUCUUUACCUUUUCCUUCUUUAUUUUUUACUAUUUGUGCCCUUGAUUGGCUAAUAAGCAAUUGAGAGGAAUUUGGUUGGUGUAUUAGCAAUAUAAUCCAGUAUGCUUUUGUAUUAAAUCUUGGUGUAUAUGUUAUUUUUUAAUCACCAUUUGUCAUACUAAAUUGAAAUGACCUGUCCAGAUUUUUUUUUUCAGUGAGAAUCAUGCAAUUUCACGAAGUCAUUCAAAGUCAGUGUGUUUGAUCACCUGAAUCACAAAUUGAUGCCUAUUACUGUCAAAGUAUUCCAUUCUUCAAUAUAUUCUGAAAACGCUUUAGGAGGGUUAUGCAAGUGUUGGUAGAUCAAAAAAAUUGUAAACAAACUCUCUUGCAUUUGCACUGAAUGUAAGAAUUUGAAUGCUUUUGUAAACAAUAAUUGUCUUUUUUUGUGUGUUUAAGAAAUGUAAGUUUAUAUUUGAUUAGAUUUACUGAUACUUAUCAGGGGCCUGUAUCACAUAGGUUAGUAAUUGGUCGUAGAAUAUUUUAUGAUUGAUUCCAUUGACAACAGUGUACAAUAGAUCAUGAAAAUAAAGCAUAUAAUCAAUUACUAAACUUUGUGUUACGUGACAAGUGAUCCUCAAACUAUUACCUCCUCUUUAGCUUAUGACAAGUCACAUCAAAGUUAUCUUUAAGACAAUCUUUAUGAUAUAUUAAUCCAAUGUUGAAAACAUUCCUGGUUGAAAACAAAGGCUUAUUCAUUUUUUGUUACCCUGAAUAUAUGUUGAUUAAUGUGUCUACCUAAGUGCAUAGUGACACCCCUUAUUCCUUUGUUAAUUUUUUUUUCUUAUCUAUGCUGCAUUUAUUUCAUAAAUUUUUCUUUGUGUAUAGUUUGUACCCAUUCGUAUUCAAUUUACAAGUCAUUCUUCCUAUGAUCCUCGGGGAAAAUGGAAAUAAACUGUUAUAUGUUCAGCUAUCAAGCCAUGUUUAACCAAAGCAAAAAGGAUUAACUUAUUUAAGGCCAUGAUGUUUAAAGGUAACUUAUCCCUGAAAUCGGUUAUAAUUGCAGUAAAUUAAAAACAAAAAUCUAUAUCAUUUUUAUGCGAUAAACAUGGAAUUACACAAUUUUGAGAAAACAGUACAGAAUAUUACACCCCUCCCCUUAUUCCAAGAGAGAGAGAGAGAGCACGAGAGAGAGAUAGGUAACAAUUGGCAUUUUCGCCAAGAUGAAAUUAUUGCCAGAAUUAGUAUCUUACCAGCGUGUUUUGAGCCAUUAGAUUUAUAGUGAUAUAUGAAUUUGUGACAAAAGAUGUAUGCCAAUUUAAGCACUUGCAAUAUAUUUUUUAAUGAUCCAGAUGUAAUUUGACCAAAUCUAACCAAAACUAGCAAAGUAGAUUAGUAGUUUGCCAAAAGUUGGUUUGAAGUGGUAAAAGUGUGCUUUUGACUUUUAGAUAUAAGUAGGAUAGAUUGUUUUUAUGACAGAGAUGUUAUGGAAAAAAAACCCAGACAUGUGAAUUUCAUACAUCAUUAUAGUGAUUGGAAUGCAUGAUUUAUGCAAAUUAAAAAGAAGGUAUCUGUUGGGUCUGAUAAGAUUUUUUCUCAAAAUCUUUUUAUUGAACUCUUAGCCCUUCGUGCACCUUGAGCACUCUACACGCCAUCAUAUGCCGAUAGUCAAUUUUUUUUUUCUUUUUUUGUAUAUGCAAAGCCUUGCUCAACAUGCCAUAAAUCAUUCCGUUUUCAGGAUUCUUGUGAAUAUUAGGAAAGUUUAUGUGAUUGAUGAUAUGAUAGUAAUUUAUAUAUUUAUAAGAAUCUUUGUCAUAUAUUUGACUGGUUGAAAAUUAAGUCAAGUUUUCUAAAUCAUGCCUGUUAAAGGUCAAGUCCACCCCAGAUUUUUUUAUUUGAACCGAUAGAGAAAAAUCAAACAAGCAUAAUGCUGAAAAUUUCAUAAAAAUCGGAUGUGAGAUAAGAUAGUUAUGACAUUUUUAAGUUUCGCUUAUUUUCACAAAACAGUUAUAUGCACAACCCAGUGAAAUGAGAGAGCCAAUAUGUCCCUCACUCACUAUUUCUUUUUUUUUUUUAUUGUUAGAAUUAUACAAUAUUUCCAUUCUUAUAGAUUUGACAAUAAGGACCAACUUGACUUAACCAUAAACUAUUAAAAUAAUGGUAAUUCCACAUACCCUAUUAUUCAAAUGCGGCUAUUUUUAUGUUUUCUUUGCUUGGAAAUGUAUUUGGUAUAUUUAAUCAAUCUAUUAACUUCUUAGGUUUCUGGGUAUAUCAACACUGAAAUUCAUCUCGCUAUAUCCCUCAAAUUGAUCUCAGGGAAUUAGUACUAUUAUAGUUUCUAGAGGACUUUGGGCUAUAGUUCGUAAUGUGCCACUGACAUUUGAAGAAAAAAAUGAAUCAUUGUAACUGCUGCUCUGCUAAAGCCAACAAAAAUAUACUGGAUUAUUGUAGAGCACUUAAGGUACUUCUGAUAAAGUAAGAGUAAUUAUACUUUUUGUUAUAUAUUAUAUUGCCUUAUAUUGAGGAGGUACUAUAUAAAAAAUAAUUAUCUAUUUCUUGCUAAUCAUUGGAAAUGACCAAUGAUAAGAUAUGAAAAUUGAUAGUGGAAUAGUCGGCAUCUUUGACCUUCCUUGUGAUAUAUCAAUAGCCCACCAAAGGUAUUUCAAAUAAGCAAUUGCCAACUAUAUUUCAAAAUUAAUGGAGAAAAGGAAUGUUGUGCAUAGAAUAUACGACAUGUUUGAAUUGGUUGAAUGAAUACAAUGUGGUGUAUUCAAAUUAGAACUGCAAAAUUAGCUGCCUUAAUAUGUUUAAAAUGGAGUUAUCAGUGCUUGAUGUAUAUAUUUCAAAUGACUGAUCGUGAAGUCAUGUCUACCUGGGAAAUAUGAAUGUUGUUGAUUUAUGAAAUAAGAAAUACAAUUAUAUGCAAUUUUACAAACUUGAAA